GGAGCCGCAGAAGCGAUCGAUGGGGGCGGACCUCAGCUGGAUCUGGCCCCGAACACCAAGCAUCGCCGUUUCGGUGCCAGUGCCCGAGCGUCCCGCAGUGUAAGGAGGCAUCGGUGGCUACGUCUACGAGGACAACUUUGAAACGAAGACAGUUCAGAUCUCAUUUUACCCGGAGCUUUGCCGAAAGCUAAACCCAGAAUCCUAAGGCGGAGUCCUAAAAGCGCCCAUUCUUUAUGUUUCACGUGCGCUUUUUCAAAGCUGAAUUUACGCAACCUGAAUGUUAAAGAGCAUAAGAGCGCCAGCUGUACCGAAGUACUCCUGCGAUCACCGAACAUGGCUUAACGGGAGGAUGAGAGGCGACUGACAUCCUUUAUAGGCGAACUUCAUCAUUUUAAGAAGCCUUCCCUCCUGCAGAGUAUGGCACUCCCGAUAGAGGACACUCGGAGGGCGGCAUCGGGCAUUAAGGCACGACACGCGGCUGUCAGGUUUACAACCACCAGAGAGAAGAUCCUGUAGUUUUUCCUUUGAAAAAAGAGAAAUAUAUAUAUAUAUAUACAUACACGUACAUAUUAGAAUAGAAAAAAAAACUGCACCGGCCGCUUAUAAAAAUCUCCAGUCAUGGGGAUACAACACCUCGUGCUCCUUUUAAUAUAUCUGGAUCCAUUGAAUGUAUUGUGCGCUGCUAUGAACAAGAAAAACAAGGGUCCCCCGAAGCGAACGCAGAAGGUGAAGGAGGUGAACAGCACCGCUGUGCCCACGAUAGGCAGCCGGAGGGUGACGCAGGUGCAGCCGCCGGCCACCUUGAGCCACGACGCCUGCAUGGGCUACUACGACGUGAGCGGACAGUACGACAAGGAGUUCGAGUGCAACAACACGGACCAUCGCUACUGCUGCGGUAGCUGUUUCCUUCGCUUCUGUUGUCAAUUUAAAGGAAAGCGCUUAGAUCAAAAGUCCUGCACGAAUUACAAUACGCCGGAUUGGAUCAAAACCCAGCCCCCUUCGCCUGUACCGACAGGUGAGACCUAUGAUCCGAAUCUGGAUCGGACGAACACAACGGUCUAUAUCACCUGCGGUGUAAUAGCCUUUAUUAUAAUCCUCGGAGUUUCAGCGAAAGUUGCGUAUGACAAAGCAACCAAACCCCCUCAGGAAAUGAACGUCCACAGAGCCCUGGCAGAUAUUUUGAGGCAACAGGGACCCGUUCCCAUAUCUCAGUACGAUCAUGAAAACAUCGCAACAAUGAAUGGUUCACCCAAAGAAAACACACCCGUCCGGACCUCGAAGAACCACUACACCCCUGUACACGCUGUGAAAUCCAACCAUGGCUAUUUCCCCCUCUUGUCCCAAGGGCAUUAUGGGAAAGAGAACUUCCGCAGUGGAGGCCAAGAUCUGCAUAACUUCAUCUCCUCCGGGUUCGUGACUUUGGCACGGCCGCCUCUGAAAGCACAACAUUCCGUCGACGGGAUCAGUCAGCUGGGCUGGCCGGGAGACCUGGACAUCCCUCUCGCAUACAGUAACCAGCAACACAAUUACAGCCAUCUGGAUCUUACUGUUCUGACACCUAAAAUCGAGAAACCACGGCUGAACAGGAUUCUUACCUCACAGACCGAGCCCUACGAUCUCUCCUUCUCCCGCUCCUUCCAAAACCUCGCCCAUUCGCCCCCCUCCUUCGAGAUGCCGAUGAAAUCCGACUUAAGUGACAAGGACUUAGAUGACUACUAUCCACGGAAGCACCAUUUACCAGAGCUGCCACCGCGAGGAAUGCUGCCUCUGCACAUGGACCAGCAGGUGGCGCCCCCGAGGCAGCGCCCUCGCCGCGUGCAGCGCGCCAUGUCCCAGGACCACGUGCUGUCACCCGAGAGGGCACCCCCACGCGACUACGGCCUCCCGUCUUUCACCCUCUCCCCUUACCACGGCCGCAUCCUGUCAGAGGAGCAGCUACUGUCAGCUGAGCGUCUCCAAUCCCAGGAUCCCCUGCUCUCCCCUGAGAAGAUGCUGACUCUGCGUCGCCACGGCCACCGGGACAAGGUCAUGUCCCGCGCCAUGUCCCACGCCGACAUGCUCAUGCCCACCACGCCCGUCAUGGACCGGCACGUGAAAAAGAUACAUUUAGAACCCACUCCCUCUAUCGAUACGUACAACACCCUGACGGUGAACCAGUGCACCUCCAAGAGGCAGGCCUUCGCCUCACGACGGACGCACACGGUGGAUCACCUGCAAUACAUCCCCGGCCACCAUCACCACUACCAACGCACCGCCAGCAAGACAGAGGUGACCGUCUGAGAUUACGGAGGCGGGAGCAGGGGUUGGAGGGCGUCGGUGAGGAGUACGAUUGCCAGGAGUAGCACCCUGGUGCGUCUCCUGGGUGCCACAAUCUCAUUGGCCAAGUAUGUCUCACACUUCCAAAGGUCAGACAUGCUAAAACUAACCGACAAUAAAAUGCAUUAUUUUUUCAGCACCAGCUUUCCGGUUUAUCGCACGAAUAAAAAAUGAAAUAAAGCAGUUUUUUUGACGAAGGCUGCACCCUACACACUUAGGGUGUCUUACAAGGGCUUUAGAAGGCUGGCACGGGAAGAAUGGUACAGCUCGUCUCUGUGGUUCACAGUGUGAGGAGUGAUAUCGUACCGACGCAGAACUAGCACCAAACGUAUUAAACUACAAACAGGUGCACUUCACAUACCUCCCGUCCGCCUCAACACACUCCAUUUAAAUAGCAGAAUAGCUCAGUGGGUUAAAAAGCACAACCUAUUGAACUUUUUUUUAAAGAAAAAAAAAAUAAACUAUUCUUUCAAUUACUUUUCUCUCUCGAUAUUGGCCAGCACAUAUCCGCUAAUAAUUAGACAAUUAUGAAAUAAUUUCCUUCAGGCAGACGAUUGUAAAUAGGCUAUAUUAGCAGAUGGUACGAGGGGUUUGGGAUGAGGGGGUCACUAAUGAAAUGUGUUCUUCACAGAUACUGACUGCAGUUUCCUACACAGCACAAAGCUUCAUUAGAGGAUAGUGGUGUGCGUGACGUGUAAAAUGUUAAGAGACUGGGAAGCGGAUGAACUGAGCCAACAUCAAAGUACACCGUAGCGCAACAUCUUAACACCUCUGCUAACAAUUUUUUUUAAUAAUCACAUUGUAACCAUGCAUCUCUUGUAUGAAACACUGUAAUGUAUGUGCUUGGUUGGGACCACUGCGUUCAUUUGUACAUUUUGAUAAGUCUGGUGUAUAUAAACUUAAAAUCGAACUCGAAACGGAAUAAUUGCUGUCGUGAAAUGGUCACAUUUGUCGAAGCCGUCCUGUGUAACGAUCGAAGAAAAUGUCAACUCAAUUAGCGUAGUGAAGAGAAGAUUUAAACUGUGAGUAGUUUGUUCCGAUGUUUUCAUUACGAAGCAAUGCCUUAUCUCGUGGGAUCUCAUAAGCCAGUGGAUUUUUUAGUCACGUGUUUCGUCCUUUCACGUUUUCAUCGUUAAUUUCCUAGACUUGCUUCUCAUCUUCACUUUCCAGCUUUGAGAAAUUACGUAAAGUUGUACCAGCAACAUUUAGACAAAAUAAGCGAUAUACCUCAGACUUUUUGGAAACGACUGAUGUUAAGAUGGUUUACGUUACGUGAAGUUGUGGGAGGGGGUGUUUUAAACCCUUUAAUAUUUCUACAAUUUUUUUAAAUGUGGAUUCAUCCAAAAUAGCGUUUGACAUGCGUGGCCAAAACUACAACGUAAUCUAAUAUUUUUCCAGAAAAGAACAGUUCUUAGCUUCAGUAAAAAAGAGAUUACUGUAUUAUUUCUAUAACAUUUUGGGAACAUGUUAAUAAGCACUUGAAAUUAGGAUCUUUGAAUAUCCCCACAUAUUUCUGAGCCAUUAUGAAUUAUUAUGUAUGUAUCUGCAUUUGCAGACAUGCAAAUACACUGCAACAGUGACGUAAACCCAGUUAAGCCCGUGAGUAUCAUGGUGCUUCCUGCCUCGAAUCAGUACGUCCCGAUACCCCAAGCAGACAUUCAUAUUCAGAUCGGGGCCAGAAAUCCGUAACUGUCAGCAAGAACUGAUGACUUACGCAAAAGAGACGGAGGGAAAGACUGUGAAUGUGUUUCGCGGAUAAUGAGCAUCACUGGGCAGCACAGGCAGGCUGGUGCGAUUUUGUGGCGUCAUGAACUCUCUGCUCCUCGCGCUUAGUGUGCUACUAGUGAUCAUUUUAGAUCCACACUUCUAAAGGGAUUUGCUUUGUAGUUUUUUCACUUAUUAGAACUUCUGUAGGAAGCACUCACUUGCAUUAAAAAAAAACUUAAUAGUACUGUAACAAUUUUCCUUUGAGGACAAUGCCUCCAUUAUGGGGUAACGUGAUAUGUUUGUGUUUAGGUCCACUUACAGACUCUGUGUUUAUAGUAGUACUGAUGACGAAGUAUCUUUGUAUCUGUGACUUUGCACAAAUAUGGGUUACUCAUUGAACGAACUUCUACACGAGCUGCAAAUUACUGUUUUUUUGCGAUGUUCCUGCUCUGAUUUACUCAUAACAGUGCAUUCUGUAUAUACCGUAUAAAACCAUAACCAAUUUAGUAAUCAGCCUAUAAAGAACAACUUUUUUCCCAAUUCUAUCAUUUAUUUAUGGAUCAGAAAUAAAGGAGAUCAAGCUAUUUCUGAAGUGAAUUGUUAACUACCUGCAAAAAAGAUUAAAUAAACAUGGACAAACUGCAGAACAAUUUUACAAAGGUGUGUCGACCCUAAAAUGCGCUGCCUUUCCAUCUACUGCGGAAGAAAACGUGGAUCGGCGGGGUUCAUUUGGAACAAACGAACACAUCAUGGUAACUAAACCCCUUGGAACUAAUGAGCGAUGGCGAAAUUCGACUGUAUUUGCCGCAUCGCAGAUGGCGGAUCACGGCGCUGCUGGACAGGAGCGUCAAGGUCCAGAGUCUCACCCGGCUGUGGAGAGCAACGCACUAAAGCAGGAUAUUUUAAUAUUGGAUAUUGGGAUGAAACUUAAAUGGAACGUCCUUCUAUAUCUACCAAAAUGUUAGAAUAACAAUAUUAAUUGUUUCAGCAGGUAAUUAUGAUG